UCAGCAUGUCGCAACAGAAGCAAAAGUCGCAAGAGUCCAAAUUUGGCACAAAUUCUCCGGUUAGGUGGCGAGUCCAAGAGAGCCAUCGUGUGGCCAUUGCUUGCUUCUUUGGUGAACUGGUGGCCACCGCCAUGUUCGUCUUUGUGGCCUGCAUGGGCUGUGUCCAGACCCCGUUCUUUGGCAACUCGCACUUCCGGAGCGGAUUAACCUUCGGCCUGGCCAUACUUAUAGCCAUUCAGUGUUUCGGUUCCGUUUCCGGUGCCCAUCUUAAUCCGGCUGUCACUUUGGCUGCUUGGAUUUAUGGCGUAAUUGGUUGGAUCAAGGCCAUUGCUUAUCUUAUCGCCCAGGCGGCGGGAGCUCUGAUUGGUUAUGGUCUCCUGGUGGCCGUUCUGCCCGAGGAUGCCAUCAAGGGUGUGGAUAAUCCUGCCGGUGCUUGCGUCACUGUCCUGGCUCCCGAGAUCAGUGAGCUGCAGGGCGUGUUCAUCGAGUUCCUGAUCACCUGUUGCCUGGUUAUGGUGGCCUGUUCGGUGUGGGAUCCAAGGAAUAAACGUUUCCAGGACUCGGUGGCCGUAAAAUUUGGUCUAACAGUGUCCUGUCUGAUCCUCACGGCGGGUCUCUUUACGGGUGCGAGUAUGAAUCCAACGAGAUCACUGGGACCAGCAGUGUGGAACAACUCCUGGGCGGCUCACUGGGUAUAUUGGGUGGGUCCGUUGGUAGCCGGAGCGGUGACCUCGGUGGUCUACAGGGUCUGCUUCAAGGGUAACGAAGAGAUCGACCUGACGAUUUCGAAUGCCCAGAUGAGAAUGAUUGGGGAUGCAGUUCCCUGAGAGACUAUAGGGACAUUCAAUGAACUUAACGUACUAGUCAUAAGUGAAAUAAAUAUAUACCUAUUG